GCGACUUCCGAUGCUCGGAUGAUCCAAUUGCCAAUUGAGGUCGCGAUUAAAUGCGCGCGAUACGAAUGAAAGGAAUGGCCUGCGAACGAAAUACGCUUCGUUCGAGUAACGCGUAUUGUCGUGACGCAUUUUCUUUUUCGAAUCGAAACAACAUCCGAUGAUCUUGCUAUCCGUAAGAUGUUGCCUAGACAACAUGCAUCGUUUCCCUUAUAUAGAAAAUGGUCAGUUUGUUCGUGCAAUCUCGAGGUCUAUUCGUUGCAUAGCAGGAAGUAAUUAAAGUAGCUAGGAACAUGCUCGAUUGCACGAAAUUCGAACAUUAAUUGAACGUUUUGCGUUAGCCUGUAUUUUACCGUCCGCUGGCUACGAGUUCGAUAAUUCUGCCUUUCUUGCAAUUUACACGGCUGUAUUUACGCUAAAUGUCUAUUGUUGUUUGGGGCUUAACAUCUCCUUUAGCGUUUAGACGCUAUCAUUAGAUAAACAUCCGACGAAGAAGGCGGCGUGUUUGUUUGCCGAGUAAAAUCAAAUAAUUGUACGGCGUAUGAAUCCGAAAUUACGCCAACCGAUCCUUUUAGCCGGUUGUGGUGAUAAGUGGACGUCUAUAAAUGGUACGAAUUCGUAGCGCCGGUAUAGAGUUGACUCUGGUGUCUUCGACGUUCCUGACGUGCGUGGUCGAGUUUGUAAUAUUUUCAUCGACGGCAACGAAUUACCGGAGAAAUGAGAGCCGCGGCAGUUUGCGUGUCUUUGAUUUGUCUUCUAACGUUGCAAUUCGUUCUCGUCCACGGAGGUACCAUAUCCUCGGAUCCCGACGACUUCAGGAGAAUGACAUCCGUACAUAGAAAGAAGUGUAUCGUCGAAAGUAAGACGACGCUUGAGGCCAUCGAAGGUACGGAAUACGGGGAAUUUCCUGAAGAUGAGAAUCUGAAGUGUUACUUUAAAUGCGUUCUGGAAAAGUUUAACAUGAUAGACAAGAAUGGUAAAAUAAGAUACAACAUACUGAAACAAGUAAUUCCAAAUGUUUACAAAGAAAUAGGUAAUGAAAUGGUCGAUAGUUGCAAGGACGUCGACGCAGAAGAUAAAUGCGAAAAAACUUUCAUGUUUAUGAAAUGCAUGUACAACGUCAAUCCUAUAGCGUUUAUUGCUCCGUGAUCGCCAUAGAAGUACGAUGUUAUCGUUUGGACAAUCGUUAUUGCACCGGAACGUAGCAAAGUAAAAUUACGUUUAUUAUAUCAGCAUAAUAAAAAUAUAAUUAUCUAUGAAAGUGACAUAUAU